CUGUCAAAAUUAAACAACACAGAUAAACUAUUGAUAGGCUGCGACGCAAGCGCCAGAAACGAGCUCUGGGGCAGUUCAGAGACGAAUGAAAGAGGUACUUUUUAAUAUUAUAAUGAAUGAAGAGCAAAUCAGACUACUUUUGGAGAAAAAAAAUUCGACUUCUGAUUAUGAGGAUGAAAAUGACAGCGACGUUGAAGACUUUGUUGCAGGAGAUGUAGAAAGUUAUGAUACCGAGCAAGCAGAUGAUGAAGAAAUCGACGAGGAGUUGAAUGAGAUAGAUGAUAGAGAAUUUUAUCUUGGUAUAGAUGGACACACUAGGUGGAAUAAUGAUGCUCCGUCAAAUCGUUUAAGACGUCUCACUAGGAAUAUAGUCACUCAACUGCCAGGGCCUAGAAAAGCAGCAAAAAACUUGAAGGAAAUAGGCGAGGUUUGGAGAUUAUUUUUUACUGAAGUUGUUAUAAAUCGUUUUGUAAAGUAUACUAAUGAACAUAUCGAUCUCAUAAAACCUAAUUUUUCAAGAGAAAGCGACUGUACCUAUACAGAACUAAUUAAAAGUGUUGCAGCCAAUACAAAUGUAAUAAAAGGCCUGAAAUGUGGUAGAACAAAGGCAAAAGAAACCGUAACAAAUGUACUACAUAAAAAUUUUGUUGAAAAGAUAAGCGAUUGUUUGAGAAAUAACAAAUUCUCUCUUAUAAUAAACGAAGCAACAGAUGCAAGUUCAGCAAAGUGUUUGGCUCUAGUGGUUCGCUAUUCUGAUAAAGAAAACGGGAAAAUUCGAGAUCAUUUUUUAAGUUUAAUCGAACUUGAUAAGAGUGAUUCCAAAACAAUUUUUGAAUCAAUUAAAGCUUUUUUUGAACGAUUUAAAAUUCCCUUAACAAACUUAAUUGGCUUUGCAGCUGACAAUGCCUCAGUGAUGAUGGGUCAAAUAAAUGGAGUGCAGAGGCUCCUUGAAGAUAUAAAUCCUCACUUGUAUGUUAUUGGAUGCAUCUGCCACUCUAUGCAUUUGUGUUCAUCGAAAGCUACUAAGGCCAUUCCAAGUAAAAUCGAGAAUCUUGUGAGGGAUAUAUACCUAUUUUUUAAUUAUAGCAGUAAAAGGCAAAAAGAGUUCGUUGAAUUUCAAAAUUAUUUCAAUUUAGAAAACCAUAAAAUUUUGAAAGUAUCUAAUACCCGUUGGUUGUCUAUGGAAAAUGCCGUGUCCAGAGUAUUGGAACAAUGGAAAGCCUUAGUUCAUUAUUUUCACUCAACAAAUUUUGAACAAAACCAUGAUAUGACAAAUAACAUACUGACAAAUAUGAAUGAUCAUAAAAAUAUGUACCAAGCUACGCGCAUGUCUCCUGAUCAAAAAACGCGACACCAGAUCCAGAAACAAGCCGUCAGAGCUGGAAGACAAGCUUCUAGUGUUUUAGAUGUACGUGCGAUGCGAGGAUCCAUCAUCGACUCGGACCAUUACCUUGUUGCAACCAAAAUACUUACGCGUCUCUGUGCAACGAAAACCGUACACAAAGCAUGUUCGACAUUGGAAAGCUGCAAUCGCAACAGACAAUCAGCAGAUUCGCUACCCGACUCUCACUCCUGCUCUCGGAGAGUACUACCCAAUAAUCCGGCAUGCUCGAGCAAUGAAGCAACAUUUCACGUUCUCUACGUCCCGUCCCCGGAGAAGAAAUCGGAUUUCGGCGAACCUGAAAAAACAAUUGGUAGGACAAGGAAAGUCAUGUUGCCGCAGAAGGAAAGGAUGCCGCCAAUAGAACCACGCUGCGAUCGGGCGCAACGUGAACCAUGUGGGAUUGCUACCGGGAAUUAA